AUGUUGUGGCCUUUAAGGUAUGAAGACCAAGAUGGUGUGGCCCUUUGUGUGGUGGCACACACCUCAUCACACCGACCCCCUCUCUUUCGAUUGGCUAAUCCGAUUCGGGCCUCCAACCCAGAUCUCCCUCAUGGUACCAUAGAUCCGAUUUCACUCGGUCCCAGUCCCAGUGGGUGUUUUACUCCAGGCGCACUUUCUCAAGACCCUAAAAGUACCUACACUGCUGCCUCGCCGAGCAUGGCGCCUGGGCUCUAA